AUGGAUCAGAUGAUUCCUGGUGAUGGGGGCCGAAACCCACUUGAAGCCUGGUUCUGGGAGAUGCCCAUAUGUACGAGGUGGUGGACGACCGCGACUGUUUUGACAAGUGCUCUGGUUCAAUGCCAAAUGGUCACUCCGUUCCAACUAUUCUAUAGUGUUCGCACCGUAUUUCAGAAAGGAGAGUAUUGGCGAUUAUUGACUACAUUCCUAUACUUUGGACCGUUCUCGUUCGAUCUCCUUUUCCAUGUAUACUUCCUCCAACGUUACUCUCGGCUCCUUGAAGAGUCAUCUGGCCGGUCGCCAGCUCAUUUCUCCUGGUUAAUGGUAUAUACCAUGGCCUUCCUUAUCGUUCUAUCUCCAUUUGUGUCGAUGCCAUUCCUCGGCCAUCCGUUAUCGUCAACCCUAGUCUAUAUCUGGUCCCGACGAAACCCAGAUACUCAGUUAAGCUUAUUGGGCUUGUUUGUGUUCACAGCACCGUAUCUUCCCUGGGUAUUGAUGAGUUUCAGCCUUAUUAUGCAUGGGACUGUACCUAAGGAUGAGAUCAUGGGGGUUGUUAUAGGCCAUAUCUGGUAUUUCUUCUCGGAUGUGUACCCCCCUAUGCAUAACGGUUCGCGACCUCUUGACCCGCCAAUGUGGUGGCGUCGACUCUUUGAGGGCCGACAGCAGAGGGACGAGACAGCUGAUGCGAUUAAUAAUGAAUUCGCAGUAGCAGGAGGUCCAGAACUUGCUGCAGCUGACUUGCGAUAA